ACAAAGCUCCUGUCUCUGUAUCUGCAGCUGGUAUACUGGGCCAGUCAGCAGCAGGAUCAGGAUGAGAAGAUGGCUGGCUGUGUGUUUCCAAUGGGACCAGAGAGCUUUCAGCGCUUCACGCCGGACUCCCUGGCGGCCAUCGAGCAGCGCAUCGCCCAGGAGAAGGCCCGACGCAACAAACAUUACCAGGAGGACCUGGGCGACGUGGUGCUCCCCCGGCCCCGGCCCGACCUGGAGGCAGGAAAACAGCUGCCGCGCAUCUUCGCCGACAUCCCGUCUCAUCUGGUGGGCGUUCCCCUGGAAGACAUCGACCAGUACUACUUCAAAGAAAGGAGGACCUUCAUAGUCCUGAACAAAGGGAAGGCCAUCUUCCGUUUCAGUGCCACUUCAGCUCUCUACAUCUUCAGCCCAUUUCACCCCAUCCGCAGAAUCGCCAUCAGGAUCCUCGUCCACUCAUUAUUCAGUCUGUUCAUCAUGUGCACCAUCCUGACCAACUGUUGCUUCAUGGCCAUGUCCGAGCCGGCGUACUGGGCCAAAUACGUGGAGUACACCUUCACAGGUAUCUACACGUUCGAGUCGCUCAUAAAGAUCUUGGCGAGGGGUUUCUGUGUGGGACCCUUCACCUUCCUGAGGGACCCCUGGAACUGGCUCGACUUCAGCGUCAUCGUCAUGGCAUAUGUGACUGAGUUUGUGGACCUGGGUAAUGUGUCAGCCUUAAGGACGUUCAGGGUACUGCGAGCGCUCAAAACCAUCUCUGUCAUCCCAGGCCUGAAGACCAUCGUGGGUGCUCUGAUCCAGUCAGUGAAGAAGCUCGCUGACGUGAUGAUCCUCACCGUUUUCUGUCUGAGCGUCUUCGCCCUCAUCGGCCUGCAGCUCUUCAUGGGAAACCUGCGGCAGAAAUGUGUCCGCAGCACAGCGCACUGCAUCAACGACACCCUGCCGACCAACACCUCGUUCUUCUGCAACAACAAGACGUGGGCCUCCUUGAAGGACUUUGUCAACGACGAGGACAACUUUUACAAAGUGGAGGGCGCCAAGGAUGCCUUAAUCUGUGGGAACGGCAGCGACGCAGGAAAAUGUCCGGACGGGUUCGACUGUCUGAAGGCAGGAAGGAACCCAAACUACGGCUACACCAGCUUCGACACCUUUGGGUGGGCCUUCCUGUCCCUGUUUCGCCUCAUGACACAAGACUACUGGGAAAACCUUUACCACCAGACUCUGCGAUCAGCCGGUAAGACCUACAUGGUGUUUUUUGUGGUGGUGAUUUUCCUGGGCUCCUUCUACCUGGUCAAUCUGAUCCUGGCCGUGGUCGCCAUGGCAUACGAGGAGCAGAACCAGGCGACCAUCGCUGAGGCGUCCCAGAAAGAGCGAGAGUUUCAGGUGGCCAUGGAGAGGCUGAAGAAGGAGCAGCAGGCUGCGGCUCAGAAAGCUCUGGACACCGACUCGAUGAUGUCACCAGAUCUCUCUCCAUUCGCUUUGCCAUUGGACAUCAUGGAGGAGAGGAGGCGGAGUCAAGCACUAAUGGGAGUGGCUGAUGUGGAGGGGAACCUAUCGGAGGAGAAGUUGCUGCAGGUGGACAUGACGGAUGGGGGGAAGCCCCUCCACCCGCUCCUCGGCCGGUCCUUCUCCACCAGGACUCGGCGGAGCAGUCAGGUCUCCUCCAUCUUCAACUUCCGCCUGAGGAGCCGAGGGUCAGAGGGGGAGAUGGCAGAUGACGAGUACAGUGUGCCGGGCGACGUGGUGGAGGGCGUCGGGGGUCGAACGUACAGCGGGGGGACCUUCAGCGGAAUCCUGCCCCACCCGUGGCCCAAACGAAGACCAAGCACCUUCAGCACCGCCAGUCGAGGCUCCCAGGUUUUUUAUCCAACUCUAAACGUCAACGGGAAGCUGUUUGUUGCCAUGGACCAGAACGGGGUUUCCUCAUCACCGCUACAGGGGCAGCUGCCUGCCUGUACCAUGGAGAAGGUCAAGGAGGAGAGUGUCCCCACGUCGACUACGGAGCUCAGUACGAUGCUGCUUCCUCGUCCUUCGUCCACACAGGAGUCAGUACGGAGGGGGAGAGCGCUCAGUGCCGCCAGCUACCUCACCGACGCCAUGGAGGAGCUGGAAGAGGCCCACAAGAAGUGUCACCCGUGCUGGUACGUCUUCGCCCACCGCUACCUUGUGUGGGAGUGCUCCCCCAACUGGCUGAAGCUGAAGCAGCUGGUUAAGAUCAUGGUGAUGGACCCCUUCCUGGACCUCGCCAUCACCAUCUGCAUCGUCCUCAACACACUCUUCAUGGCCAUGGAGCACUACCCGAUGACCGACGAGUUCAACGGCAUGCUGAGCAUCGGAAACCUGGUGUUUUCGGGGAUCUUCACAGCAGAGAUGGUGUUGAAGAUCAUCGCUCUGGAUCCGUACUACUACUUCCAGACGGGCUGGAACAUUUUCGACAGCAUCAUCGUCUGCCUCAGCCUCAUGGAGCUCGGCCUGUCGGACGUGGAGGGGCUCAGUGUGCUGCGCUCCUUCAGACUGCUUCGUGUGUUUAAGCUCGCUCGCUCGUGGCCGACACUCAACACGCUGAUCAAGAUCAUCGGCAACUCCAUGGGCGCCCUGGGCAACCUGACGCUCGUCCUCGCCAUCAUCGUCUUCAUCUUCGCCGUGGUUGGCAUGCAGCUGUUUGGUAAAAACUACCAGGACUGUGUGUGUAAGAUCUCAAAGGAUUGUGCUCUUCCUCGCUGGCACAUGAAGGACUUCUUCCACUCCUUCCUCAUCGUCUUCAGGGUGCUGUGUGGAGAGUGGAUCGAGACCAUGUGGGACUGCAUGGAGGUUGCUGGUCAGCCGCUCUGCCUCCUGGUCUUCAUGCUGGUCAUGGUCAUUGGGAACCUUGUGCUGUUGAACCUCUUCCUGGCUCUGCUCCUCAGCAGUUUCAGCUCUGACAACUUGUCAGCGCCGGACGACGAUGGCGAGAUGAACAACCUGCAUAUCGCCAUCCACAGGAUCACCAGAGGCCUGGGCUGGUGCCGCAGACAGGUGGUGGAUUUCUUCAACGGGAACCUGAAGCGUCGUCGUCAGAAGAGAAAGGAGGCCAAAGCCAUGAUGAAGCUCAAACGGCUGAGCACCAUCCACACCGAGGCCAACGGAGCUGUCAUAGGACGUCAUGUAGAGAAGUACGUGGUGCCGGAGGACGACAGCUACAUGACGAACCCUAACCUGACCAUCAGUGUCCCCAUUGCCCCCGGAGAGUCUGACGUGGAGUUCCCAGAGGAGGAGGAGGAGGAAGAGGAGGAGGAGGGGGAGGAGGAGCAGAGCGAAGGCUCCGAUGGGGAGGAGGAGAGGGAUGAGGAGCCAAAAGACGAUAUCAGCCUAUCAGAGGGCAGCACUGUGGACCUGAGAAAGCCUGGGGAGGAAGAGGAUGAGUACUCAGAGAUGGCUGAAGAGGCAAUGGACCCCGAAAACUGCUUUCCUGAUGUGUGCGUGGCCAGGUUUCAGUGCUGCGAUUUCGACACGUCAGCAGGUCUCGGUCAGUUCUGGUGGAGGACGAGGAAGACCUGCUACCAGAUUGUAGAGCACAGCUGGUUCGAGUCGUUCAUCAUCUUCAUGAUCCUGCUCAGCUCUGGAGCGCUGGCCUUUGAGGACAUCUACAUCGAGCAGAGGAAGGUGGUGAAGGUGGUGCUGGAGUACGCGGACAAGAUCUUCACCUAUAUCUUCAUCCUGGAGAUGUUGCUCAAGUGGAUCGCAUACGGCUUCAAGAAGUACUUCACCAACUACUGGUGCUGGCUCGACUUCCUCAUCGUUGACGUCUCAUUGGUCAGUUUGGUGGCUAACACGUUGGGUUAUUCAGACUUUGCAGCCAUCAAGUCCCUGCGGACGCUGCGGGCUCUGCGGCCCCUCAGAGCCCUCUCCAGAUUUGAAGGCAUGAGGGUGGUGGUGAACGCUCUGAUCGGGGCGAUUCCCUCCAUCAUGAAUGUGCUGCUGGUCUGCCUCAUCUUCUGGCUCAUCUUCAGCAUCAUGGGUGUCAACCUGUUCGCCGGGAAGUUCGGCCGCUGCGUGAACCGCACGGGGUACAUCUACGAUAACGGCUUCAUCAACAACAAGUCGGAGUGCGAGGCGCUCAACGACACCUCUCAGUACUACUGGACCAAAGUCAAGGUCAACUUCGACAACGUGGGGGCCGGAUACCUCGCUCUGCUGCAAGUGGCCACGUUCAAGGGCUGGAUGGAGAUCAUGUAUGCAGCGGUGGACUCAAGAUCGGUGGAGGAGCAGCCUAUCAAAGAGAUCAAUCUGUACAUGUACCUCUACUUUGUCAUCUUCAUCAUCUUCGGCUCCUUCUUCACCCUCAACCUCUUCAUCGGUGUCAUCAUCGACAACUUCAACCAGCAGAAAAGAAAGUUAGGAGGACAGGACAUCUUCAUGACGGAGGAGCAGAAGAAAUAUUACAACGCCAUGAAGAAACUGGGAUCCAAAAAACCUCAGAAGCCGAUCCCCAGACCUCUGAACUCAGUGCAGGGCUUCUUCUUCGACCUGGUGGGGAAGCAGGUGUUCGACAUCAUCAUCAUGGUGCUGAUCCUCUUCAACAUGAUCACCAUGAUGGUGGAGACGGACGAGCAGUCGCCUCAGAUGGAGAACAUCCUGUACAAAAUCAACCUGGGUUUCAUCAUCGUCUUCACCAUCGAGUGCCUCAUCAAGAUCAUCGCCCUGCGGUGCUACUUCUUCACUGUCGGCUGGAACAUCUUCGACUUCGUGGUCGUCAUCCUCUCCAUCGUCGGUAUCGUUCUGGCCGACAUCAUCGAGAAGUACUUCGUGUCACCGACACUGUUCAGAGUGAUUCGACUGGCCCGUAUUGGUCGGAUUCUGCGUCUCAUAAGAGGCGCGAAGGGCAUCCGGACGUUACUGUUUGCCCUUAUGAUGUCCCUUCCUGCUCUCUUCAACAUCGGGCUCCUUCUCUUCCUGGUCAUGUUCAUCUACGCCAUCUUCGGCAUGGCUAACUUCGCCUAUGUGAAACGACAAGCGGGUAUCGACGACAUGUUCAACUUUGAGACAUUUGGGAACAGUAUGAUCUGCUUGUUCCAGAUCACCACUUCUGCAGGCUGGGACAGUUUGCUCAGUCCCAUUCUCAACAACUCCCCUGAGGAGUGCAACCCCAACAUCCCCCACACCGGCACCACCGUGCGGGGGAACUGCGGGAAUCCAUCAGUGGGCAUCACCUUCUUCGUCACCUAUAUCAUCAUCUCCUUCCUCAUAGUGGUGAACAUGUACAUCGCCAUCAUCCUUGAGAACUUUAGCGUUGCCACAGAGGAGAGCACAGAGCCGCUGAGCGAGGACGACUUUGAGAUGUUCUACGAGGUUUGGGAGAAGUUUGACCCAGAGGCCACACAGUUCAUUGAGUACGCUAAGCUAUCAGACUUUGCCGACUCGCUUUCAGAGCCGCUUCGCAUUUCCAAGCCUAAUAAGAUCAAACUGAUCUCCAUGGACCUGCCGAUGGUCAGCGGGGAUAAGAUCCACUGCUUGGACAUCCUCUUUGCCUUCACAAAGCGAGUCCUGGGCGAGUCGGGCGAGAUGGACGCCCUAAAGCAGCAGAUGGAGGAGAAGUUCAUGAUGGCCAAUCCGUCAAAGAUUUCCUAUGAGCCGAUAACGACGACCCUGAGGAGAAAACAGGAAGAAGUCUCCGCCACAGUGAUCCAGAGGUGUUACCGGAGGCACCUGAUUAGGCGGCAGAUGAAGGCCGCUUCCUACUUGUACCGCCAGAUCACCACACCCCGGCACGUGGGAGCUGAUGCGGACGAUGGCGGCGAGGAAGCAUUCAGUGAGGACGCUCCAGAGAAAGAAGGGCUGAUCGCCACCAUGAUGAGGGAGAACUAUGGGUCUAGUUUGUUGGGGAUUGAGCGCUCAGAGACCCUUUCCUCCACCUCGUCCCCGCCGUCCUACGACAGCGUUACUCGAGCCACAUCUGAGAUAUUUCACCCGCUUGCAGUAAAAACAGAAACAAUAACUGUAGAGACUGCAGGCGGUGAACCAAGUGAACAGUCGCCGUCAGUGGUCACCCCUGACAGACAGCAGGGAACUGUACCAUAACGGGAACCAAAAAGCAAAAAAAAAACAAAAACAAAUGAGGAUGUCCUUGUUUUGGGUUAAGCCUGUUUGUUCUUUUGUUUACUGAAUGUACCAUAGCUGAGGAACGCUGAAGAACGCUGAGGAACGAAGCGGCAAAGUGAAGCUAUGACGACUGCAGGAGGCGGAGAGUGAAGGAGCAAGCGAAGCGGAAUAUUUACUACCUUUAAUGUCGUUUCCUGUUCCCUGUGGAGAUCCCUGGACUGAACUCAACAGCAUUUUUGGAGUUUCUUCUUAAAGGGAAGCAGAAAAACUGCAAUAACAGAGGGGAAAUCCCAUCUGUCAAAUCUACCCUGCCUUUGUUGGAGUGAAAGACAGAAGCGUAGAUCCCUUUGACCUUUUUGGGUCUCUGGUGUGAACCGGAGCGAAGGGUUCGCAACACAGACAGACCUCUGACCUCGGCCACGGUGGGUCAGAGGGAUCAGAACAACUAUAUCAGAUUUAUCCAUCAUUUAUUGGCCUGGGGGGUUUGCGCCUCCCACAGUUGAUCAAUAUUCUCAGAGUACGCCUGUCUGUAAGAGUACGCUGUUCCUAGCGGUGUUUCUCGACACAUUAACAGUCGGCAGCUUUCCGACUGACCGAGACUCGAGAGAGGAGGGAAAUAACGACAACGUGGUUUAAAAAAAUGUUUUCGUAGUAAAAAGUAUAACUUUGUCGAUGUUACCAGUCUUUUAAUAGCGGUGCGAUUAUUACUAUUUUUUAUAUUUUUUAGAGUAAGUUGAUGAUAAAAUGAGCAGUCUCUCUCUUUGGGCUUAUGAGCAGUACGAGCUGAGAGAAAUUGGCUGAACCACCACGGUCGUGACUGGUGAGAGGAGAGGGUGCAGCACGGGGGGAAAAAAGCUAAAAAAACCUGAAAACAACUUCAUCUUUUUUGGUUGCUGUUUUUCACUCUUGAGUUUACAUGUGCUGUCACGUUAUGACACCUGGACAAAGACACAUAGAAAAAGGACCUGGGAUACAUUUAUUUUUCCUCUGAAAACCUUUGAGAUAACACCAAAAACAAAUAAGUGCACAAUGAGAUUUUAUACAGAGUCCCGGACUCUUUACAUGUGUUUUUGCCCGGGUUGUCAACAUCCUAGUGUCCAUCACUUCUUUUGGCCAGUGGGUGAUUUGUCUCUAAGUCCUUUGCUUCCCUUUGCUUUAUGAACAAACUAGGACAGACGACUCGUAAUCCUGCUGGGUUUUGUUUUAACAAUGCAUGAGGAUAAAGUAGAGGAAACAGGCUUGUUGUCAAGGCUGAUCAUUUAUUUAUCGAUAACGUAUGACUAACGUAUGAAAAAGAAGUGUUGAAAUGUGUCGUUAAAAGUCAAGUUUAUCUUUAAGUUGAAUCUUUAUUCCUUUAAUCCAAACCCAACUCAUUUUCCCACUCAUCUAUUUAUGCAGCUAUAUUCAUAUCAUAAUAACCUUAAGGCAUCAAUACCUCAGGUUAGUUUACCUUUCAAAGCAGGAUAAAGGAUCAGACUGCAAUAAGUGUGCAAUAAACCAUCACUCUUUGCAUUUUAAGGCUUUUAUCAAAAGAGAUACCUUACUGUGGACAUCUCUGUGCUCUUGCUGGAAUUACUUUUGUUAUUUGUUUACGUUUUUUUUAAAAUGCCAUUUAGAAAAAAAUAUCCCCAGAUAAGGGUAUAUAUUGUCAUUGUAUGAAGUUUCCUAUAUAUUUUUUUUUACUUUUUUAUUUAUGAACAUGGAACGUGAACGACAUGAGGCAGAAAGCAAAUAAACAGAUAACAAGAGAAGUGUCCAAAAUUAACACAAAGGAGAAUUGAUUGGUUACCUAUUAGAAAAAAUCUUAAGUUGGAAGAUGCAGCGGUAAUAAAAGAACACUCUCAUGGGUUAAAUAAACGCCAUUUCUUCCCAUUGCUGACUUUUUGACAAAUCACCCGCUGUCAUGUUCUAUCCGUCUGGUCGGUGGAGUUUGGCCAAACACACACAAGAUCUCAAACCAGAGUCUUGAAGCUGAAAAGUUUUAAGAUCUUUGAGGCGUAGUCCAGCCCUGACCGGAGUGCGACAAUCAAAUCAGUUCAUCUACAUCAGGAUUUUUCUCUUUUUAGUUUUAUGAGAAGCUCAUGCUGAGCUUUGUGAUUCAGACUUGUAUCAGUCAUCAGUGUCCUGGAAAAACUUCUUCUCACAUCAGCUGCUUAUUACUUUCUGCUGUUUCUCUGAGCAGAGUUUAAUGCAGAAUAUCUUCUUCUUUGGUGGUUUUUAAAGGCUGUAUCCAAAAUGUUGCAUAAAUACCAACUUAUAUAAACUAUAAAAUACUAAUAAUAUUCAUUACCGAACCUGAUUCCUAAAUAUGAAAUUACUUAGAAGCAGCUUACAAAUUUCUAUUCAGAUUGUUGGUAAUUAAAGUUACCAAAAGGAGGAAAUUGUGUCUGUUAGGAACUACUUUCAGCGGUGGAUUUGGCCCUGUGAGUCCUGAGGACAGCAGGAUGGUGUUGGAGUCACAUUUAUUUUGAGAAGCAGAAAAUAUUUCAUGCUGUUACACAAACAGCAUUUUUAAGUAGAAUCAAAUGAAAGUUGUUUUUGGACUUUAAAGAUUGUAUUGAGGAUCAGAAGAUGAUAGACUGUUAACAGAAGAAUUCAUAAUGGUGUGUUUGGACUUAAAGUGAAUCGUAUACUGACCUGACAUUACUCGUAACUGCAGGAUUAUUGGUCUUUAAUCACCUCCUUCACCAUUAACUGUGUCAACUACUAUUAGCAUUCAGCCUCACCUCCCAAGCACCUUA